AGCGAGGGCGGUGCCGAGGGGAUCCCGUAAGAGCCGCCCCGGAGGGUGAAGCAGAGGAGCAUGGCCGGGGCGGAAAACUGUCGUCCUCCCGCGCCGGGUGAGGAUGUAAAGCCAUUUACUCCUGAGAAAGCCAAGGAACUUGUGAUGGCUCUACAGCAACCUGCAGUCUUCUGUAACAUGGUUGGUGACUGGCCAGCCCUGCGCUGGAAUGCGGAACACCUUUCUGCGGUGCUGGAUGGAAAGACGAUCCAGUUUAGGCUAGGUCUGAAGACAGUGGAUUUAGUUCCCCAGUUUGAAACCAGGUGUAGCUAUGUGAAGGCUACACUUAAAGAGUUUUUGGCUUGGAGUUGUGGGGAGCCUUCUUGUCUCUCUGGACCCUUCAGUUGUUAUGAGUACUCCAAAUACUGGGCUUAUGCUGACUACAAAUACAUCGCCAGGAUAUUUGAAGACAGGCCAGAAUUUUUCCAGGAUAUAAGAUGGGCUGACUUUGGCUUUCCUGGGAGAAGUGGAAAAGAGAGCACGCUGUGGAUUGGUACUGAAGGAGCAAAUACCCCCUGCCAUUUGGACUCCUACGGCUGCAACUUAGUGUUGCAAGUACAAGGAAGGAAGAGAUGGCACCUCUUCCCACCUGGUGACACCAGUUUCCUUUAUCCCACCAGGAUCCCUUACGAAGAAUCCAGUGUAUUCAGCAAAGUCAACGUUGCCAACCCUGACCUGAAAUGCUUUCCUGAGUUUAGGAACACGACAGCUCACGUGGCUACACUCAGUCCAGGACAGGUCCUGCUUGUUCCAAGGCACUGGUGGCACUAUGUGGAAUCCAUUGAUCCCAUCACUGUCAGCAUAAACUCUUGGAUUGAACUGGAUGCAGAUCAUGAAGCUCGUGUAGAAGAAGCAAUAACUCGAACGCUGGUAUGUGCCAUGAAAUCAGCAGAAGAUCCCAGUGAUGGAGAUGUCUGGCUAAAUCCCACAGAGGUUGAGGCAACAUCCCAUGAAAUCAACCUUCAGUACCUGAAUAAGGCAGUGUCUGCAUAUUUCAAGUCUCAAAAAGCAAGUAUGUCAGCCCAGGCAUGCUCCAGCAGCACUGGUGCAGAGCAGAGAACAGGCAGCUUGUGCAAGAGAAGGAGAAGAGAAGUUGGCUGUGAACCAGAGGGCUGCAGAUUACAGCCCCACGAACUGGGCUUUUCGACAGAAAGGCUGCAGAAAAUACCUUUUGGGCCUCAUCUUAUUCCAGUUUUACCACAGCCUCAAGAAAGCAGCUGGAUGGGUGCAGGUGUGGUUGAAAGUGACAGCAGAGAUCUUCUCCAGGAAAACAAAGGAGGACAUUUUGGAAAAUUACACUGCCCCAGGAAGCAGCUGGUAACGAGUGAGGACUGUGAAAUGCCUGCACAUCAGAUGCAUUCAGACAGCAGCCCAAAUGCCUCACAAGCAGCCCUAUCUACCAAUGAUUUGCUGGACUGCUUGGUUAACCCACAUGUCAUCAGUUUAGUGGCUCGGCUGCUGCUGGAGAGAACAAGAGUUUAAUGCUGGAGUGCUUUAUCAUUGCUGAAAUAAAGAAAUCAAA